AUGGAAACUCUCGACAACACCUCCUGGGAUGUCCUCAUUGUAGGCACGGGCCUGCAGCAGUCUCUGCUCGCUUUAGCUCUGUCGCGCUCGGGCAAGAAGAUCCUCCACAUCGAUGAGAAUGACUACUAUGGCGGCGCUGAGGCGGCCUUCAGCUUGCAGGAAGUUGAAGAGUGGGCCGCACGAGUAGAUGCUGCUGGAGAGCGUGCUGGCUUCGAUAGCGUUGCGAUUACGAAACCUGAGCCUGCCGGCGUAGACAACGCUCAGACUAAGCUGGGCUUCUCAAGAGCAUAUAGCUUAGCUCUCAGUCCUCAAAUCAUCUAUGCGAGGUCGACGCUGCUCCAGCACCUCGUAUCGUCACGAGUCUACCGUCAGCUCGAAUUUCUUGCUGUCGGCAGCUGGUGGGUGUAUGCUGCGGACACUGAGGGUGAAACCUCGUCCACACUGCCUGGAAAGCUCCUCAGAGUCCCCAACGGGCGCGAGGAUGUCUUUCAAGACCACCAGCUUGACUUCAAGGCCAAGCGGGCGCUGAUGAAGUUCUUACGGUUCAUCACCGAGUACGAGGAACAGACGGAGGUUUGGGAUGCUCAUCGUCAGCAGCCGUUCUUCGACUUCCUCGCGGAGCAGUUCAGAGUCCCCGCAACACUACAAGGACCGCUAUUGGCCCUCGCCCUGUCGCCUUCGAGCUCGUCGCAAACCACUACCGAGUACGCACUGCCACGGAUUGCAAGGCACCUUCGAUCCAUCGGUAUCUUCGGAGCUGGUUUUGGUGCUGUCAUACCCAAGUGGGGUGGCCUUGCUGAGAUCAGCCAGGUUUCCUGUCGAGCCUGUGCAGUUGGUGGAGGGGUGUACGUCCUUGGAAAAGGAUUGUCGUCCGACCCCACUGAGGCUGCAACCACCGAUGAUGGUCUGAAGCUUCGCCUGAAAGAUGGAGAAGCUGUUAGCACAAAGUGGAUUGUAGGCGGGCUGGAAGCCGCCAAGAAGACAUCGUGUUGCCGCUCGACCACCGUUGUUUCAUCAGCGCUCGCACCUCUCUUUCCACCCAUCGCAGAGGAAGCACCGGCGCCAGCCUCUGCUGUGGUCGUGUUCCCCUCCGGAUCGCUCAAUCUAGACGGCGAAGACAAGGAGCUGCCACCGGUCCACAUUUUUGUCCACUCGAGCGAUACCGGCGAAUGUCCAUCAGGUCAAUGUAUCCUGUACGCAUUCACAUCGUUAAGCUCUGAAAAGGGGUUCAAUCUCCUGAAGAGGGCGAUUGACGCGUUGCUAGUGUCUGUGGAAGUCUCACCGCAACCUAGCGUGCUCCUAUCGGUGCAGUACCGACAGCGAGCUUCUGCUGGCAACGAGUCACAUCUGCCCAACGACGAUCACAUUCUACACUUCCGGUCUCCGCCAAUGGAUCUCGCCUUCGAUGACGCUGUACUCGACAACGUCAAAGAGCUGUGGCAACGCAUCGCUGGUGAUGAGGGUGGCGAGUUCCUCGUCUUCCAAGACAGGGAAGUCUACGACGACGAUGAGUAG